AUGGAUAUCGGAGUUUAUUUAGCAAGCAAUUAUCUUAAAAAGGGAGACCGAAAAAACGUGGAACAACUUAAUUUGGCUAAUUUAAAAUUAACUGGGGAAUUAGAUUUUACCGGUUUAGGAUUUGAUAACUUAAAAAGACUAGACAUUUCUAAUAACAAUUUAACCAAACUAACUUUGUUAAAUCCCCAACAAAUUACUUAUUUGGAUAUUAGUAAUAAUAAAUUAAGCGAAUUAAAUAUUGAUGAGAAUCAAUACCCCGACUUGCUUAGUCCCGAAAUAAUGAAGUUGGUAGAUAUUAGUGAUUUAGAUGAUUUUAUUAAUAAUUAUGAUUUUGAAAUGGAAGGGGAUGCUGAUUACCAUAGUAUAAUUGGUGGUGGUCUCACUUCCUUAGACGAAUAUGCAGUGGAACAAUUAAGUCAAACCGCGUUGGCAAGAGCCUUGAUUAAACAGAAUGAAUUAGUGGAAGGACAAAAAAACGAACAAUAUGAAAAGGUAAUUAAUAAUUAUGCUCGCAGUUUUCAAAAGUCUAAUUCUAUGUAUAUUCAAUAUGAAUUAACUUUAAUCCAGCGGGAAGUAUUAAGAAAAAUAGCCGGUGAAGAAGACCCUGCCGCUACCUUUCAAAAAAAAUUGCUGGAAUUAGAGGAAGUCUUUAAACCAAUCCGUGCCAGUAUUGAUGCUGGGCAAAAACCCUCUUUGCCGAGCGUUGACAAGAUAAAAGAAAAAAUUACUGAAUUACAAGAUAUAACCCAAAAACAAAAAGAAGAUAUUAGUCAAUUAUUAAAUUCUUUAAAAAAGACUGAAACCCAACGGCGAAAUUUGGAAGAAAAAAACCGCCUUUUCAAAGAAUCGUUAGAAACUGUUUUCGCUGAUUCAAAGGAAUAUGAGCAAAAGAAUGAGGAAUUAACAAAAAGAUUAACCACUUAUGCUACCAAUGAGCAGCAAUACCAAGACAAAAUUAAGGAAUUGGAAACGGAAAUUAAAGACUUGGUUGAUAAUCAUGGUUCAGAAAUUAAGAAGUUAAAAGAAGAAAUUACUAAACUUUUGACGGACAAAAACGAAUAUAUUUCACAAUUAGAGCAAACUAUUAAGCAAUUAAGGACUAAAUCGGAAACUAAGAGUAUGGAAACCCAAACCGAAGAAGAGGAAAAAAAACCUCCAACUACUAAUUACCGAAAAUGGGGCUUAAUUGGCUUGGCUAUUUUAGCAGUAGCAGGUUUAGGGCUUUUGACUUUAUUUGAAAUACUAACGAUGCACCAACCAAUAUUGGCAGAUAUUUUGAAAUUCAUAAUAGACAAAAAAGAAGACUUCACCCAACUAAAAAAAGAAAAAACCCACUUAGAAGCUAAGCUCCAAGACUACCAAAACACUAUUGAUAAUAAUCGCCAACAAUUAGACCAGUUAAAAAAUGAACUAACUAAAAGCCAGCAGGCAAGAGAAAGUUUAGAAAUAAAAAUUAAAGAAUUAAGCAAAAAUCAACUUUCUGCGGCAGAAAUAGCAGUAUUAAAAAAAAUUGAUAACUUUUUGGAAUUUUCGGAAGAAUUACAACAAAUACAAACAAUUGAUUUUAAUGAGCAUAUUGGUGAUGUUAUUAACAAUUUCGGUGAUAUCUUCAAGGUUAUUGCUAAGAAUACUGAAGAAGUAGUAUUAAUAAUUAAGGAAUUAAAAGCCAAAGAACAAGAAUUAACCACCCUUCGACAACAAUCAACUGCCUCCACUGCUAAAUUACGGCAAGAAAUCACUGAUUUAAAAAACCAAUUACAGAAAAACCAAACUGACCUACAAUCUUCGCAACAAGAACGAGACCAAUUAACUACUCAAAUUCAACAAUUAACCACCAAAAACCAAGAACUAGAAACCCAACUAACUGCUCUGGCUGUAUCUAGUGGCUUACUUGCCCAGCAAUGUGAAGACCUAACUAAAAAGUUAUCAGAGAGCGAACGAAAAGAAGCCCAAACUAAACUAGAAAAUGAAAUUAAAGCCAAUUUACUCCAACAAAAAGACCAAGAGUUAAAAAAUAAAGAAACUACUAUUACUGAACAGCAAGAAAAGAUAAAAAAUUAUCAGCAAAUUUUAAGAACUAAGAAAAUUAAAGAUUUAGAAACUAAUUUCUUAGCGUCCCAAACUAAAAUAAUGGAAUUAGAAGCCCGUAUCCAAGAAUUAGAAAAAGAUAAUAGUAAAGAUACCGAGAUAAUUCGCUUAAAACAGCAACUAACUACUGAAAAACAAAAAUCUCAGCAAAAAGAGGGAUUAGAUAAAUGGGAUACUUAUUUAAAUUUUCUGGAAACUAAAAAUGCUGACCUGGAAAAUCUUUUUGUUUAUGCUGACUUUGCUAGCACUAUUUCCCAAGAAGAGCAGGCUAAAUAUAUCAAAGUUAUUGAAGAUUGGGUAGAACUCCAAGAGCAAAGGGAAAAUACUCCCUCGCCAUCAAAUUCUUUUAUUUACUCACAAUUAUAUCAUAAAGACCAACAAAUAGAACAAUUAAAAAUUGAACUUCAAACCGAAAAAGAUAAAGUGGCCGGUUUAGAAACUGAAUACCAAGAACUAAUGAAACAGUUAGAUAAUAUUAAAACUGAAUUAGCUCUUACUCCCAGCACUCCCCAACCAGAAAAACAAACCCUCAAAGAUAGAAUUAGUUAUUUCAAUAAUUUUAUUAAGAAAAAUCGCCAAGAAAGCCAAGACCUAAGAGAAAACAUUAAAAAAGAGCAAAAAAAAUCCCAAGAAAUUAGAAGUUCCUUAAUAUCUUUGGAAAAUCAACUUAAAAACCAAGAAAAUAAAUCGGAAGAGGUUAACAAACUAACCCAAGAGAAUGAAAAAUUAAAACAACAAUUAUCUAAUUUAACUAACAAUUUAUCCCAGCAAGAAGCCAAUGUUAACAAGUUAACGAAAGAAAAUGAGAACUUACAGACCAAAAUAGCAACUGACCAAUUAUUAAACGAAGAAAAAAAUAAGCAAUCCGAACCAAUUCCAUAUGGAACUUACUUUUUCUGA